AUGAAAAAAAAGUUGAGCCUGCUGAUUUCAGAAUUAUCGACAAUAUUGGAAGAUUCUCUUACGUUGAACAGAUAUCCCCGUCCAAGAACAAAGGUGGUAUUCAAUUUUCUAAAAUUUGCUGAUGAUUCUAUUAGAUUGUUUCUAAUAACGGUGUGCGUGAAAAAAAAGAAUUAUUACAUCGUUUUUGAUUCUACGAUCUAUUGCUAUGCAUUUUAUGAUGAAUUUAUACCUAUGGAUACCAGAAUAAUGGUUUGGGGACGGGUAUACAGUGGAAAGUGGAUGAUUAUAUUGCAAUGGAAGCAUCUUAAUAUGAAGAAGCUAUGCUAUGAUUUUUUUUGA